AUGGAUCAAGCCGAUAUGAUAAAUGAUGAAGAGUAAUCGCCACUUCACAUUAAACGAGAACUGGAUAUCGAUAUACCUUACAGAGUGGCAUUUCCGAUAUGUUACAAUCAAUAAUAGAAGGACACUCCAAAAACAGCCAUGAGAACAAUUGAACAUUUGGAAAUCGAUGAAGUGCAAAUACAAACAGAAACCACUCCUAAAACUCAAAUUGACAUUUCCUCUCCUCGAGUUCUCUUCUUGACUCAUUCACAAAUUAUGGGCUUGAAUCAAGAAGAAGAUGAAGUGCCUUUUAACAGAUCUGCCUUAAACAAUCCACUCUCUGAAAUUCCUGAGGAACUCACACCCAGUAAUUUACCUAAUGUAUUUGAUUUGAGUCUAUUCAAGCAAUCUAAGGUAUCCAAUCAAGAUGUCAUCAUUGAUAAUAUGAGUAUAGUUAAUAGUUAGUAGUUGAAAUUUAGUAAGAAAUCUUCAGAAACUUAAGUGAUAUCAAAUAUCAACAUGGAGGGCAGCAAAUUGAAAGAAGAAUUAAAAGAACAAAUAAGUAUUCUGGAAUGUAAAAUCCAAGAAUUAGAAAAAGAAAAUUUCAUUCUUAAAAAGAGAUCGAAUCAAGAGAAAGUCAGAUAUAUUGAGUUGUAAAUGGAAACUGAAUAUAGGAUAGCAUCUUUGAAUGAACAAUUUCAAGAUUAGGAGAUUAAUUAUAAAAAAUAGAUUGCCAUCCUCAAAAAUGAUCUCAAUACUGCCAAAUUAUAAAUCAAUAUAAUCAAAUAAUAGAUUCCCCAUCACGACACUCAAGGGUUAUAAUUGUCUUAAUCCUAAAUUCAAUUCCCAUACCAUCCAUCUUAAUAAUAACCCUACUAGUAUUAUAAUAAGCAAUCCACCUUAUCCUAGUCAUUUACUGAAUAACUAAGCAAACACUCAAAAGAUCAAUGUCUUACUUAAAUAUAAUAUGAUGUAGUCAACUCUAAAUUGAUCAAAAUUAUCAAGAAGAUCGAUUCACAGAUUGAAAUUAGCAAAAUGGAUUUAUUUGAUCUCCUUUAAAUACUCGAAGAAAAAGUCAAAUAGAUGAUGAACAUUGAAGAAGAGGAGAAAAUGGACGAACAUCGAACCUUGCUGUCCACAUUGAAAACAGAAUUGGGACAAAUCAAACAAAUUAGAGGUUAAUUAUCCAGAAUAUUCUACGAUCAUAAUCAAUUUAUCCAUAAGAAAAAUAGUGAUAAUCAAAACGAUUAAAGGAUUAAUGACUUGAAUCUCUAAAUCUUAGGAUUUAAGUAAGAGAAAUUAGAGUUAAUUGAAAUGACCUAAAAACAAUAGAUUGAAAUCAAUUAGCAGAAUCAACUAAUUGUUGAAUUGUAACAGAAAUUAAAUAAUUCAUCAUAGACAGACACCCAAAGAAUCCAGUCUUAAUUUAUUCGCUCCCUCCAAACUAACUCUGUGGCUGACAUCAAGAAUAUCAAGGAAUAAGUUAAACAACGAUAGGAGAGUAUCAAAAAAAACUUUAAAUCCCAAAACUCCCCUUAGAGCAGAUCUGAGAAUGCCUCCCCGUAAUUGAAAUUCCUCAAUUCUCCAAAAAAUUCGAAACACUCCUCCACCUAUUAAAAACAGCAAUAGAAUGAUAAAAAAUACCAAUUCUAUAAUCGAACCUCGGACUUCAGUGUUGACAAUAAUAAUUCAACUCAUUAAGCAACUACCCAGAAUAUUAACAAUAGUAUGCAUUCAAGUGGUGAGAUCAUUUAGAAACUUGUUGAUCAAUUCAGAGGAAAUUCGAUAUUAGCAUAAAAAAUCUCAGGCUAUUCAAAAAAGAAUUGA